AUGCAAGUGUCCACAUGCAAGUGCCCACAUGCAAGCCCCCACAAUCAAGCCUCCACAUGCAAGCCCUCACAUUCAAGUCCCUACAUGCAAGCUCCCACAUGGAAGCCCCCGCAUGCAAGCCCCCGCAUGCAAGAUACCACAUGCAUGCCCCCACAUGCAAUCCCCGAGAUGCAAGUGCCCACAUGCAAGCCCCUAAAUACAACCUCCACAUGCAAGCUCCCACAUGCAUGCCUCCACAUGCAAGCCCCACAUGCAAGCUCCCACAUGCAUGUGCCCACAUGCAAGCCCAUAAAUACAACCUCCACAUGCAAGCCCUCACAUGCAUGCCUCCACUUGCGAGCCCCCACAAGCAAGCCCUUAUAUGGAAGCCCCCACAUGCAAGCCCCGCAUGCAAGCCCCGAGAUGCAAGUCCCCACAUGUAAGACCCCACAUUCAAGACCCCACAUGCAAGCCCCAACAUGCAAGCCUUCACAUGCCAGUGCCCACAUGCCAGUGCCCACAUGCCAGUGCCCACAUGCCAGUGCCCUCAUGCAAGAUUCCACAUGCAAGACUCCACAUGCAAGACUCCACAUGCAAGACUCCACAUGCAAAACUCCACAUGCAAGUGCCCACAUGCAAGCGCCCACCUGCAAGCCUUUACAAGCAUGUGCCCACAUGCAAGCCCCCAUAUGCAAGCCCUACAUACAAGCCUCCACACUCAAGUGCCCACAAGCAAGCCCCCAUAUGCAAGCCCCACAUGCAAGCCCCCCACAUGCAAGCCUCCACAAACCAGUGCCCAAAUGCAAGCCCCUACAUGCAAGCCUCCACAUGCAAGCCUUCACAUGCAAGCCUUUACAUGCAAGUCCCCACAUGCAAUCCUUCACAUGCAAGCCUCACAUGCAAGUAGGUAAGUAA